CUUCCUUUUUUUCCGGGUUAUAUUCUCCUUUCCUCUCACCAAGACACUGAAACAGCACAUGCUGAGAGUCAGUGCGUUUUCUACUUCUUGGCCGCUGUGAGCUCUGGGUAAACAUGGGCUAAAUGCGAAUCUUUUUGCGAUUAAUGGAAAGAUGUUUCAAGUUGAUGGUGACAAGAGGUGUCGCAGCAGUCGUGCGUAAAAGUGGAAUGGCACCGAAGACACAUGCCCACUUUUACGAUUUCAUCUGCCAUCGAGUGUGACUUGGUGAAAACUGUGUGACCGUCACCUGCCUAUGGAUCGAGAAUGAAUCCAAGAUGUUCGUGUGUGAGACUGAGAAGAAGGAAGCUCCUAACUCCACUCCUGUCACUGCUGGUUCUGAGUGCGGGGCUACUGGUGUGCGUCAAGUACAGCUACUUCUCUGAGUCUUUACCUCCCCCAGCAGUUUUAGAAAACAUCCCGACAUUUCACAAGUACAACAUUAGCUGCUCAGCUAUAUAUGACAUGGACCCAGUGGAGGUGGCCAAAUCUCUGAUCAUCCGAAGGAAUCAAGUUGUGGAGGAUAAGGAUGAAAGUCUCGUUGACCUCAUCUCGAACUGCCCGUUGUUCAUCAAGUCCAGGGGUUAUGAUGAUGUGUGUGUUACAGAGGAGGAGAGAGACUUCCCUCUGGCUUAUUCUCUGGUUGUGCACAAAUCUGCAUGGAUGACAGAGAGACUACUCAAAGCUCUGUACUCACCAGCAAACAUCUACUGCAUUCACUAUGACCAGAAAUCUUCACCUCAGUUUAUUGCGGCCAUUGAGGGUUUGGCCCGCUGUUUGCCCAACGUCUUCAUCGCCUCCAAGCGAGAAUUUGUCUAUUAUGCAAGUAUGAGUCGACUGAAAGCUGACCUCAACUGUCUGUCUGACCUUCUGGUGUCAGAAGUCAAGUGGAAGUAUGUCAUCAACCUCUGUGGCCAAGAUUUCCCCCUCAAGUCCAAGAUCGAGCUGGUGUCAGAACUGAAGAAGUUAAAUGGCACCAACAUGCUGGAGACGAGUCGACCCAGUGAGCAAAAGAAGCAGAGAUUCACCUUUCACCAUGAGCUGAGAGAUGUCCCCUUUGAAUAUCAAAAACUGCCGGUGAAAACCGAGCAGGUAAAGACGCCGCCGCCUCAUGGUAUCGAGAUAUUCUCUGGCAACGCGUAUUUCGUCCUGUCACGGGACUUUGUUGUGCACAUGGACUCCUCGCCUGUGGUGAAAGAUUUUUUAGCUUGGUCAGAGGACACCUACUCCCCAGAUGAGCACUUCUGGGCCACGCUUGUGCGAUUGCCCGGUGUGCCCGGGGAGGUGCCUAGAUCCCAGGCUGAUAUCACUGACCUGAUGAGUAAGACCAGGCUGGUGAAGUGGCACUACCUGGAGGAGAACUUGUACCCACCCUGCUCAGGGCAACACGUUCGCAGCGUUUGUAUUUAUGGCGCAGCAGAAAUGCGUUGGUUACUCAACUAUGGACACUGGUUCGCCAAUAAGUUCGACCCCAGAGUGGACCCCAUUCUCAUUCAGUGCCUGGAGGAGAAGCUGGAGGAAAAACAAAAGUUAUUCCAAUCAGCGGCAUCCCAAACCUGUCAUAAGGGUUAACACAAGUUAUUGUGUAAUGCAGAGCUUCGAUGAUUAGUCGAUCAACACAUAAUUAAUCUGCAUCAGUUUUGACAGUAUAUUAAUAAGUUAUUUUUCAAGCAGAUAUGCCAAACUUCUUAAAUGUGAGAAUUUGCUGUUUUCCAUUCUAGGAAACGGAUUCUCUGUGGGUGUUUGACUGUUGGUUAAAACCAGACAAGCAGCCCUACGACAGUGAUGUUUGACGUUCUGCCUCAGCCAGUUUCAAAGGCUGCAAACAUUUCUGACAUUUUUCUAUUGUGAACACCCUAAAGGAUCAGUUCGCUCAAAUUAAAAGACACAUUGUCCUUUUCUGCUGGCUUGAAUCCAUGUAGAGAGUUUUGGUUUUAUUUGUACAGGGAUGUUUGUCUCUUAGAUCACUGUCUCUGCCAAGUCAUUGGAGGUCAAAGGCAUCUAAUUUGUGGUGCUCACAGCAA